AGACUACCUGGUUCAGCAAACAAGAAUUCGAAAAGAGGAGGGGCUUGGAGGAGGUGGCUCCCGACAACGCAGCGCGAGAAUACGCCUGGGCGCAUGCGCAUCUUCUGGUGAGUGCCUUCCAUUUGCUUGAUAGGGGUGGCGAUUCGGAAACUGUGUACAGUUUUUCGAUUUCUAUCCUCAAGCGAAAAGUAGGGUGUCCAUGCUUCCAUGAUUUAGGGAAAACAUUAUCUUCCAAGUUCAAUAUUAAGGACACUUGGAAUACACAGGUAAAGCAAUAGGUGACUUAUUGUAUUCCUUCCCCUUCUCUGGGACAUUGGUGGUCUAGUCCAUUCCACAGACUUUCGCUCCCUUGCAGCGGGUCGGAGAUCGAAGGAUUGAGCCAAUUGCGGCUGAAACGUCUUUGGAAGGAAGAAAGGGGUGAGGGAGCAUCCCUUUGAGUUCCGCCUUUUCUUUUCGAGGCGGUGGUGGGGAAAGGGGACCUACUAAAUACUGCCCUCUUAAACCAACGGAUCAUACGUCUCCGUGCAAUCUGCCGGGAGGGCGGCGGGAAAACAGCAAGACGGGAGUGGGUAAAGGGAAGAAGCCAGGAAGCCGCGCAGGAGGGCGCGCGCGCGCGCCCCUUUUUCAGCAGUGUGGCGGGGUCGCACGCACGCCCGCCUCGGCGGCUGGGCGCGAUUUGCGACAGUGGGGGGAGCGGUGGAGGUGGCGGCGGCAGUGGCAACUUUGCGGCAAGCUCGGGCCGGGCUUGCUUGACGGCGGUGUGGCGGAGGCCCCGCCCGAGGCGGCAGGAACCUGGAGGGAGGCGGAGGAAUAUGUCCGAGAGGGAAGUGUCGACAGCGCCGGCGGGAACCGACAUGCCUUCGGCAAAGAAACAGAAGCUGAGUAGCGACGAGAACAGCAACCCGGAUCUCUCUGGAGAUGAGAAUGAUGAUGCUGUCAGUAUAGAAAGUGGUACAAACACUGAACGCCCUGAUACACCUACAAAUACACCAAAUGCACCUGGAAGGAAAAGUUGGGGAAAGGGAAAAUGGAAGUCGAAGAAAUGCAAAUAUUCUUUCAAAUGUGUAAACAGCCUCAAGGAAGAUCAUAACCAACCAUUGUUUGGAGUUCAAUUUAACUGGCACAGUAAAGAAGGAGAUCCAUUAGUCUUUGCAACUGUAGGAAGCAACAGAGUUACAUUAUAUGAAUGUCAUUCACAAGGUGAAAUCCGGUUAUUGCAGUCUUAUGUGGAUGCUGAUGCUGAUGAAAACUUUUACACUUGUGCAUGGACCUAUGAUAGUAAUACAAGCCAUCCUCUGCUGGCAGUAGCUGGAUCAAGAGGCAUAAUAAGGAUAAUUAAUCCUAUAACAAUGCAAUGUAUAAAGCACUAUGUUGGUCAUGGAAAUGCCAUCAAUGAGCUGAAAUUCCACCCAAGAGAUCCAAAUCUUCUCCUGUCAGUAAGUAAAGAUCAUGCUUUACGAUUAUGGAAUAUCCAAACGGACACGCUGGUGGCAAUAUUUGGAGGUGUAGAAGGGCACAGAGAUGAAGUCCUAAGUGCUGAUUAUGACCUUUUGGGUGAAAAAAUAAUGUCCUGUGGUAUGGAUCACUCCCUUAAACUUUGGAGAAUCAAUUCAAAGAGAAUGAUGAAUGCAAUUAAGGAAUCUUAUGAUUAUAACCCCAAUAAAACUAACAGGCCAUUUAUUUCCCAGAAAAUCCACUUUCCUGACUUUUCUACCAGAGACAUACAUAGGAAUUAUGUUGAUUGUGUGCGAUGGUUAGGCGAUUUGAUACUUUCCAAGUCUUGUGAAAAUGCCAUUGUAUGCUGGAAACCUGGCAAAAUGGAAGAUGAUAUAGAUAAAAUUAAACCUAGUGAGUCUAAUGUGACUAUUCUUGGGCGAUUUGAUUACAGCCAGUGUGACAUUUGGUACAUGAGGUUUUCUAUGGAUUUCUGGCAAAAGAUGCUUGCAUUGGGCAAUCAGGUUGGCAAACUUUAUGUUUGGGAUUUAGAAGUAGAAGAUCCUCAUAAAGCCAAAUGUACAACACUGACUCAUCAUAAAUGUGGUGCUGCUAUUCGACAAACCAGUUUUAGCAGGGAUAGCAGCAUUCUUAUAGCAGUUUGUGAUGAUGCCAGUAUUUGGCGUUGGGAUCGACUUCGAUAAAAUAUUUUUUCCUACUCAAAAUUAGACUGUGUUGUCUGUGUAAAAUAGAAUUAAUGUAUCUUGCUAGCAAGAGCACAUAGAGCAUUUAGACUGGUUUUUCAGCUUUCAAUCAGGCUGAGCUGAAUGUAGUGAUGUUUACAUUGUUUACAUUCUUUGUACUGUCUUCCUGCUCAGACUCUACUGCUUUUAAUAAAAAUUUAUUUUUGUAAGCUGUGUGUUAUUUUAUUUUCACUAUGAUGAAAGCAAGUUGAAAGUUAUAAAAUUAUAGCUUAUCUAUUU